CUCGCCCCGACUCUUGUGAAAUCCUCUGCGGUGGACUUGUGUUUUUUGAAGUCGCACGGACGUCGACCCGGCCUUCCGUUAUCCGUUGCUCUUGCUGCUAUCCCCUACUAGCCCUCGGCCAUCGUCUUUGCGUCGACACUCACACUAAUGGCUUCUGAAGUGGCACCAGCGUCCAGCUCCAAGGAGGCUAACGAGGCUCUCCCUCAGCCCGCCUUGGCCUCCAUUCGCGAGCAACCAAGCAUUUUGGACAGACUCGUACCCGCUCGUCUGCUCAACUAUCUCGAGCUCGAUGUCGACCCAUCUCAGUCGACAUAUCCUCUUGCCGCGUUCUGCUUCAUGACCGGCUACAUUGAUGCGAUCUCCUUCUCCGCCAUCUUCGUCUGGUGUGGUUUUCAGACCGGUAACUCUGUCCAGCUCGCCCUCGCCCUCUGCCGUCUCUUCGAAUUCCCGUCUUCCUCCCCCUCGCACGACACCUCCUUCCACCUCGCAGAUCAACAAGCCCUCACAUCGCUCCUCACCUUCAUCUUCGGCGCCGGUCUCGGUCGUAUAGGCGACAACAUGCGCUCCGGUCCCAAAUCGCGACUGUGGCUGUUCUUUGGGACGAUGAUCCAGGCGCUGUUCACCAUGGCCGCCGCCGUCUCGUUGUGGAAGAGUGGAGACGGGAGCGUCGGGACGAGCAGGGGCGACCCGGCGUGGACGCAUGCGGCGAGUUUCGUGGCGUUGGGGUUCAUGAGUGCGAGUGUUGGACUGCAGGGCAUUAUGGGCAAGAGGGUGAAUACGCAGUUUGCGACUACUGUUGUCCUGACCACCGUCUGGUGCGAACUCAUUGCCGACCCAAAACUCUUCGACAUCCGCCGCAUGGUCAUCACCCGCGACCACAAAAUCCUCGCCGUCAUCGCCCUCUUCCUCGGCGGUUUCGUCUCCCGCGCCAUUCUGCAAACCAGCGUGGGCAGCGCAGGCACGUUGGGAAUCGGAUGUGGGAUGAGGGUUUUGAUUGCGAUUGGCUGGUUGUUCGUCCCGGCGAAGGGCACAGUCGGGGAGGGGAAGAAGCAGGCGGGGAUUACGCAGUGAUUGUGGGAGGGGUUGGGAUAUAGACGGUGCCAGUCAUUCAGUAAAAUUUAUAUAGUUUUCGGUUCUUGGUUCCUUCGCGGUGUCUUCGUGGUUGCGUUCUUGUGGGAGAAUGUCCAUAUUGGGUUCGAGCUUGGUGAUCUUUUCUUGAGUUAGAGUAUCGAUCUAUAGAGGUGUAGAGGAUACGAGGCAUUAGGUUAUGGAUAUCCUAUUCUGUUUGAACGGCCUCCAAAUAUAGCAUACUACAUAUCUC